AUAUAGACAACUAUAGCAAUACAAGAAAAUUAAACGCAAUUUAUUGAGAAAAUACAAACAGCGUGCACUAUGAAGAAGACGUCGAAGAUACAAUUUCUUUUCAAUCUCUGCAUCAUAUUUGGGGUUGUAGUAAUAAGAAGAUGUAACGCAACGACAUACUUUGUAGGAGACAGCUCCGGUUGGGACAUAAGCUCCGAUCUCGAGUCUUGGACUUCAGGCAAGCGAUUCUCUCCUGGUGAUGUUCUAAUGUUCCAAUACUCAUCGACGCAUAGUGUAUACGAAGUGGCUAAAGACAACUACCAAAAUUGCAACACAACAGAUGCGAUCCGGACGUUCACAAACGGGAACACGACCGUUGCUCUUUCCAAACCGGGAAACCGGUUCUUUGUAUGCGGUAAUAGGCUCCAUUGCUUCGCCGGUAUGAGGUUACUAGUCAAUGUUGAAGGCAAUGGCCCAUCUCAGGCUCCCGUGGGAUCUCCCCAAGCCGCCACUUCAGGGAUUCUUCAACCAUCUUCUAAAAAGAAUAACCCUGCGACCGGAGUCGCUAGCUCAGCCGCCCGUUUUGUUGGCGACAGCGGUUGGAGGGGUACCAUGGGAAUUUUUGUAUAUUUUAUGGUUUUUGCUUUUCCAUUCAUAUGGUUUUGCUGAUUAAAAACUAUCUAUAAUAAGUGUUUUCAUGUAUAUGUGUAUUCAUAUUUGCCCUAUAAUGAGUGAGAGUAUUUAUUUGUUGAAUUUCUUUAUUUUUGUUUGAGUUCAUGACCAAAUUAAA